AUGGAACCCAGAAAUCAUAAACAGGAGAAGACGAACAUGUUCGAAAUCCUCCAUGAAGAAUUAAAACUAGAGAUUUUCCAAAAGUUACCGGUCAGAACCCUACUCUGUUGCACCUUGGUCUGCAAGUCAUGGAAAUUUCUCAUUAAAAACCCUACUUUUAUUCGCAAUCAUAUCAAAAACACCCACAAAAAUCGCAUCCAUAGUCCCUUAGCCCUUUGUUUCCGCCAUUAUGACAGUUCAAUGCUAUCCGAUACCCAUUGCGUCUAUUUUGAUGAUACCCAAGAACUGAAGACGUAUCAUCUCCAUAAAUUUCCAUUAACGCAUUGCAGAGAAAAUUGUGUCCUUAUUGGUUCGAUCAAUGGCUUAGCUUGCAUUGUUGGUGAUGAUUUACGCUGGCCGUCCGAUAAGCCCCUGCCUCGUCCCCGGAUUUUCAUCUUCUGGAACCCAUCAAUUCAAAAACAUGUUGUGCUUCCAAGCCCUAACGUGUUAUCCAACACACGCUGCUUUGUCGGGCUCGGAUAUGAUUCCGAUCGCGACGACUACAAGCUAAUGAGGAUGAUCAGUCCUGACGACUCGAAAGAUUUCAAAUCUAUAGUCGAAGUUUUCUCUCUCAAUUCCGGUUCUUGGAAGAUUAUGGAUUCUCGGUUUGUACCAUAUUGUAGGGCUUCUCUGGCUACGCAGGCUAUUGUUAACGGAGCUAGUCAUUGGUGUGGCCGUCGUAGAGAUGGAUUUAUCGUGUUAUUGAGGUUCAAUGCAAUAGGCGACGAGACUGUUGAGGAAAUUGGUAUUCCGGAAGAAUUGGGGUCGCCGGAAAAAGAUGUUUGGCCGCGGCGCCAGCCAUUAACAUUCAUAAAUGUGUUGGUGUACAAUGAAUCGACAGUUGGGUUGUUCUGGGAAGAUUGGAAUAAUCAUGAGCAUAAUUGUUUAUGGAUAAUGAAAGAUUAUGGUUUGUCCAGUUCAUGGAUUAAAGUUUUGACUAUGGGAAAAGUAGGGCCACAAGUAUUUGACCCGCCAGGGCAGCGGUUCAGAGUGUCGCUACCUUUAGGCUGCGUCGGAGUUGAAUAUCUCUAUAAUAAUGGCAGAGGAGAAAUAUUUGGGAUUAACUUAGUAACCGGGCAGGGGAUUGGCAAUCCGGGAGUCAAGCGAAGCGGAAAUGAGAAGAUUUGGGUCACAUUGGAAAAGAAAAGAUUCGAGCUACAUUGGAGUCAAGCCGAUCACACCAGACAUCAACUAAGUUCGGUGCGACCAGACUAA